ACGCUCGGACGCUCAGCUGCGGCCUCGGCCCCCGCGCAGCCCCGCCGCAGCCCCGCCGCAGCCCCGCCGCAGCCCGGCCCGCCGCCCGCCGCAGCUCGCAGCCCGCCGCCCACCGCCAUGGCGGAAGUGCUCCGACGUCAGCGGGCCCGGCCGCCCCGGGCAGCCCCCGCCGGCCCCGCGGCGCGCAGACAUGCGGAGGCGCUGGGCAUGGCGCCGGCCGAGCCGCUGACCGUGCUGCUGCGGCUGCUGGCCGCCGGCUUCUACGGCGUCAGCUCCUUCCUCAUCGUGGUGGUCAACAAGACCGUGCUCACCAGCUACAGGUUCCCGUCCUCGCUGUGCGUGGGGCUCGGCCAGAUGGUGGCCACUGUGACGGUGCUGUGGACGGCCAAGGCGCUCAGGGUGGUGAAAUUCCCCGAUCUGGACUGGAACAUACCUCGGAAGACGUUUCCACUACCUCUCCUAUAUUUUGGGAACCAAAUCACGGGACUGUUCAGCACAAAGAGACUGAACCUGCCGAUGUUCACUGUGCUGCGAAGGUUCUCCAUCCUCUUCACCAUGCUGGCGGAAGGGGUUUUACUCAAGAAGACCUUUUCUUGGGGUGUUAAAAUGACUGUGUUUGCAAUGAUUUUUGGCGCCUUUGUAGCUGCCAGCUCAGACCUGGCCUUUGAUCUGGAAGGAUACAUUUUUAUUCUGAUCAAUGAUGUCCUGACAGCAGCAAACGGUGCAUAUGUAAAACAGAAACUGGACUCCAAAGAGCUGGGGAAAUACGGCCUGCUCUAUUAUAACGCGCUCUUCAUGAUCCUGCCCACCCUGGCCAUCGUGUACUUCACAGGAGAUGCACAAAAGGCGCUGGAGUUCGAAGGCUGGGCGGACAGCCUCUUCCUGCUGCAGUUCGCUCUCUCCUGUGUGAUGGGGUUCGUCCUGAUGUAUGCCAUCGUGCUAUGCACGCAGUACAACUCUGCCCUCACUACCACCAUCAUCGGCUGCAUCAAGAAUAUAUUAGUGACGUACAUUGGGAUGGUCUUCGGUGGAGACUACAUCUUCACGUGGAUGAACUUCAUCGGUUUAAACAUCAGCAUCGCCGGUAGUCUGGUGUACUCCUACAUCACCUUCGCCGAGGAGCAGCUCAGCAAGCAGGUGGAGGCCAGCGGCAAGAUGGAUGUCAGGGGCAAGGGGGCUGUGUGACUGGUGGGCUCGUGCGCUGGACAAUCGAUCCCAGGAGCCAUUGCUGCCUUCGAAGACUUCAUGGGAGAAGCUUGUGAUUCUUACUUAAGAGUCGUCAUUGCGGUUAAUUUAUAGCAGACUGGAAAACGUUCUGGGCUUUUUAAUUUAUUCUUCUGUCCUGAGAGUGAGACCCGGUUUGGAGCGUGCUGCCCCAUGGCGUGCCCUCCAGCGUCCCCACCCGGCCUCGCUAUGGCACUUGUCUCACCUCUCCCUGCCCCGGAGCUGCCUGUCCUGGCUGGGGUCUGCGUCCUGUGUCUCCACGGUAUCACCACUGCCCGGCUGAGGGCGGCAGCUCUGUGUCGCCUGCUGAGGUCACCUGGGCUGGGGGAGUGGGUGGAGGCUAGGCCCCAGCCCUAGCCCUUCCCGCCCAUGUCCCUACGUGGUCACUCUUUGCAGAACUUGUGCCUGAGUGACCAGCGUGCUGGUGGUGUGUGUCAUGGAGGUUUAUUCUUCCUCUGGGGCCGUGUCCCCCAGGCCCUGCCCUCUGUACUGUGGACCUGCAGCAGCCCUGGGCUCUCGCUCCCUGGCUAGGCCUGCAGCUUCUGUCCCCCUUGGAGGUAGCUGUGACUGUGGCCCAGGUAGAGGAGUGUCCUGACCACUUUUGUGGUGUGCAGCCUGGAGUCCUUCCUCUGUCCUGCAUCACUGCAGAGGAGGGUGGGGUGUGGGGAGGACUGGGACCUCAGGGGUCCUGGACCUCAGGGGUUACCCAUCUCUGUUUCACCAACAACAGAGGAUGCGGAGCCCACAAAUGCGCAUCUGCCCAGAUGGAUGUGGCUGGGGCAUAAUCCUAGGAGCUCUCUGGGGCCCCCUGCUGGCCCCCGACCUGCACUGUGCUGCCACCUGGUUGGGGACCUUCUGGGAGCCCUUAGGAGAGUUCUCUCCAGUGUUGACUCAGCCCGGACCAGAGGGCUAGGCUCCAGAGUGGCUCCCCCAGGUCUGCUCCCUGAUAGUGGGACAUCACACGUGGUCAGGGCUUGGCUGAUUUUGGCCUCUAUUCUGCGUCCUGCUGUCCAAGGCCAUAGGUGGCCGCGCACUUCUGGAGCUCCCCCAGGCCGGCAACCCGUAGCCCUGGCUACCAGGAGUGCAUGUGCUGAGCUGUGCCGGGCAGCAUUCUCGCUGGGUGGACAGAGGUAGAGGACACUUCUGUCACAUGGACGGUAGCUGUGAAGGUGGGGUCCUCUGGCCAACCUGCAGGUGUCCAGACAGGUGGAGUGGCCAUAGGGCUGCUUCUAGCUGAGGAACCAGUCCCUUGUGAGCAACGGCUUGCACACAGGUCCCAGGAGUGCACGUUGGCAAGCUGCUGUCACUGUCAUCGUUGGGAAGGGGCAGGACGGUGCUGGCAGAUCCCCAGUGAAGCCCUGGGACCCUGGCCAUACCUGGCAGAGUCAGCAGCUGCCAGGUGCCCUGCCCAGCUGGGGCACAGUUGGGUCGGGGGGAUGCCCCUGCCUCCUGCAGCCCUGUUCCUGCCUGGCUCCCCGCACCUGUGCAGGUGUCAAGGCCCUGGAGCGUAUGUCACAGUCACUGAGCUCCCAACUGGGAAUCGGGAGCCCUGAGCAGGCACUACAGGUUGGGCUGCCAACCCUUAAUUCAUCCUGGAGGGGCUGGCUGCCUGAGGACCCAGGGGCCUAGAGAAGGGAUGCGGGAGACUCUUUCUGUUUAUUAAGAGGAAAAAUUACUUUGAUAUUAUGGCGAUAAACUUCAAAAAAGGGAAAAAUUUUCUAUCUCAGAAGACCUGCGUUUCACAGUGGUGAUUCAGCCAAAACCUCAGCUUGCCCCUCAGGGCCGCCCUGUGGGUGAAAGCCUCUUCCAGGCUAGAGUUUAUGCUGGGCUGCACAUGGCCUCCUGUCCCAGUGCAGCUGCCAGUGUGCCACCACUUUCUGACCUGCUGGCCAGCUCUUUCUCUUGGGGUGCCAGGUCUUUGUGUGAGAAAAUACUCUGCAGCAUCCUCUGUUUUCUAAGUCUUCGUUGAGUUUGAAAAUCCUUUUUAAAAAGAAAUCUACUGGUUAGAUUUACUGUCUCACAGAAAUGUUUUAGAGAUUAUUUUGUUUAUGAACAUUUCUUCUCUCAUGCUGGUGACCAGCUUGAUUGCUGUGUAGCCUUUCAUGAUAUUUUUUCAAUACAGAUUUAUUCUUUUUACCAAGUUACUUUUUAAAGGUACUAAGAGUUGAGUUAUGUAAAUCAGGUGACAUAAACAUGAAAAUUAUGUGCCUAAAUAUUUUUGUUAAUGAUGUCAAAUAAAUACUUUUCCUGGAA